AUGCAGCUUGCAGGCGGGGGGUCGGCUGCAGAGGCAGCAACAACAGCAGCAGAAGAAGAAAAGAAAGAUAAUUCAUCUUUUUCUGGCUUUACCUUUGAGAAACAAACUCAAAGUUUAAUGGAUAGCGUUAGCCAAAGAACUUGCAAAGAGAAUAUCAUUCAACUUGCUGUUGAUCUAGACACCUGCAUUAUUUCUACAAAGAAGACAAUACCUUUCGAUGGCUGCAGCCGCAAAGAAAGACUUCGCCUUCUACUAACAAUGGCCAAAGAAAAUGGAGGCCCCUCUUUGUUCGUCUUCCGUGUAGACUUCCGUUCAAAUUCACCAGAGUGGGCGUUGCUGGCCUGGGUACCAGAGGACUCCGUUUCAUACGCCGAGCGGAUGUUUUUCUGCACGGCGUUGUCGUGGCUGUCUGGCACAUUUGUAGAUGCACGAAGUCCUGUACGUGAAUAUUAUAUCACAGAGGAAGCUGAACUCCCCUGUUUCAAGUGGACGUAG